CCCGAUUAUCGCUUUGUCUCUGCCCAAAAUCCAUUUCAUAUCUUAAUUUGAUUUUAUUUAUAAAUUUCUUCAAUUGAUGAAAUUCACUGGGUUUCGUUUCAAAAUCUGUGAUCUUACCUUACUUUUUACAAUCAAUUAAUUGUUUUUCUGUUUGUAUUUAUGACAUGCUAGAAACACUUGGACACAGUUGAAAUCGAAACCCUCCUAGUUAGUGUUCUUUCUUAUUGAUGCUGGAUUGUAGUGUACAACCUUAGAAACACAUGACUGACUUCAUUCUUGACUUUGAAUACCUAGCUGAAGAAUUAUUUUGGUAUUUGUUGGAUGGGGUUGAUUUUGUUAUGGAGGGCUUCGAUUUUGUUGUUCAAACAUUGCUUGCACUUUGUUUGGUUUUGGUCUCCUUAGGUAAGCAAGAUCGGUCGCAAAAUUAAGAGUGAAACUAGUUUUGUGACUUUAUAUUAAUGGGUUCGAUUCAAAACACGGUUCAUUACUGCUGUGUAUCAAAGGGUACUCGUAUCUUGUAUGCGUAUAGUGGUGGAGACCAUGAGAUUGAGAACUUGGCUGCAAGAUGCUUGGAAAGGACCCCUCCAUAUCACACUUGGUAUUUUCACACAAUGUGUGAAAAAACUUUUGGGUUCUUGAUGGAGGAUGGAUAUGUCUAUUUUGUGAUCAUGGAUGAGGGUCUUGGAAAUUCAGGAGUUCUUCAAUUUCUAGAAAAUGUGAGAAGUGAAUUCAAGAAGGUGGCUAGAAAAGGUUCAAGCAGGAGUAUCUCGAAUCUGAACUCACUCUGCAUAGAAGAACAAUUAGUGCCAGUUAUCCGUCACUUGAUUACCACCUUGGAGCGAGUUUCCAAUCCUAGUAACGAGUGGCAAGGGAAGAGUCCCUCACCACAUCAUAUGGAUCUCUCCCCGUCAUCAAGUAAUAACGCUAAUGAGCAAAUUGAAGUUUCCACUUCCACAAAAAUCCCUUUGUUAGGAAAGUCUAGCAAGCAAGAGAAGAGGAAGAUGAAAGAUCAUGUGAUUGCAAUUAGAGACAUUGAGUUGGAGGAGCACAGGAAGUCUACGGAUAGAGGAGUCAAGGGCAAUUCAGGAACUUUGGAUUCUGAUAACCAAGGUGCUGUGGUUUCUUCAGGCUCGUUACAGAAAGAUAUGGGUUCUAUGAGGAUCAGGUCAGGUACUCAAAGCAUUCGAAAGAAGUGGUGCCGCCUGGUCCGGAUUGUUCUUGCCGUUGAUGCUGCUGUAUGUUUGGUUCUCUUUGUGAUUUGGUUAGGGAUUUGUGGUGGCACUGACUGCAUCCAUUGAAGCAUUGUUCUUUCUAAUGCCUGACUUCAAACCGGAAGAAUAUCGCAAGGUCUCUGCAAACUGCAAGUGAAUGAAUCAAUUAAGUGGGCUUCCGUAUCAAGUUGAGGGUAUGAGCUUCGAAAUCUACAGUCUCUGGCUGUUAGAAUCUUCUAUGUACAAUUACCAUAUAUUUAUGCAUCAUAUGUUAACACAUAAGAACUCCACAAGACUGAUCUUAUUUGAUUGUGUUAUUUUCCACUUUUCGUAGUUAUAUUAAUUCUUGCUGCAGAUGCUUAAGAGAUAUAUGUAUAUGUAUAUAUUUAUCUUUCUGGAUCUUUGCAUUC